AUGGGUUUGAAGGCCUCUUCCUUAUGGGAACGCCCAGUGCUUAAUUCGGUCAACAAAAAGGCCCGCAGCGUGCCUAUUUUGAACCCAGUCGACCCGCAUGGCCGUGUAUUUUUCUUUUCGUGGAUGGGUUUCAUGCUUUCAUUCUGGGCGUGGUACACAUUCCCACCUCUUGUUGGGAGAGCACAGUUGACUGUCACAAUCAGACAAGACCUUAACCUCACCAAGGAACAAGUCGCCAACUCCAACAUUGUUUCUCUUGUCGCCACUCUUGCAGUGCGAUUCAUUGCUGGUCCACUAUGCGACCAGAUUGGCUCCCGGAGGGUGUUCAGCUUGAUUUUGCUAGCAGGAAGUGUGCCGAUUGGCUUGGCACCGUUGAUCAAGGACGCAACUGGUCUUUACAUCAUCCGUUUCUUCAUUGGAAUCCUCGGCGGGUCGUUUGUACCUUGCCAGGUGUGGUGCACGGGAUGGUUUGACAAGAAUGUGGUGGGAACAGCCAAUGCCCUGAGCGGAGGUUGGGGAAAUGCUGGAGGUGGAAUCACAUACUUCAUCAUGCCUGCUGUGUAUGACUCUUUGAAGUACCGAUGGGGGCACAGCUCUGGGCAGGCUUGGAGGAUCACCUUUGUGGUGCCGCUCGUUUGUCUGAUCAUCUGUGGACUGGGGUUGCUGUUUUUGUGCGAUGAUACGCCAAUGGGGAAGUGGGACGAUAGACAUCAGCAUGUUCAGGAGAACCUCAAACAGCACGGCGUGCAAGGAGAGAUUGUGGCCGUUCCAGGUACCAUCACUGGCCAGCCCCCAAUUCUCUCAGCUACCCCAUUAGCCGACGAGGAAAAAGGUGAGAAGCUGUCUUCUUCUGAGAAGAACAGCAUUUCAGCCUUUGACCACGAAGCCUCACUGUCAAAAGCCGAAGCCAUCGAAACUGCGCAAGGUGAAACCAUCGCCAAACCCACUGUCAAGGAAGCAGUCUCUGUGUGUUUUAGUCUCCACGGCCUCUUCCACGUCGCGACGUACGCAUGCAGCUUCGGUGGAGAGCUUGCCAUCAACUCAAUUCUCGCAUCAUACUACCUGAAGAACUUUCCCACGCUAGGUCAAACCAAUGCGUCAAACCUCGCGGCAAUCUUUGGCUUUCUCAACUUUAUAACUCGACCGCUCGGUGGAGUUGUCGGAGAUCUGCUUUACAACUACUGUGGAAGAAGCCUUUGGUUGAAGAAGAUCUGGAUCCACGUUUGCGGGUUGAUGACGGGGGUGUUGCUCGUCGUCAUUGGCAUAUUGGAUCCCCACCAUUUGCCUACCAUGGUUGGGCUCAUAAUCGUCAUGGCCGUCUUCCAUGAGGCCGGCAAUGGUGCCAACUUUGCACUUGUCCCGCAUGUUUACCCCUAUGCGAACGGCAUUCUAUCCGGGCUCACCGGAGCUGGUGGAAAUCUGGGCGGCGUGGUCUUCGCAAUCAUCUUCCGCUUCAUGGAUGGCGGCAGUAACUACGCAAAGGCAUUCUGGAUCAUUGGGGUGUGUCACAUCGUCUUGAACCUAGCUGUUUGUUGGAUCCCACCAAUUCCGAAAGGUCAGGUUGGCGGCCGUUAG